CAGCCGGUUUGCCAGGCUCUCGCGACUGGUCGUUGCGGGCCGGUGACAUGCCUGUGAGCUUCGGAGGCUGCGGCCCCCAGGUAUUUUGUAGAUUAAUUCUUCAUUGAUUAUAUACAACAGCAAUAUAGUUAUGGCGACUUUCCAGCCUUUCAGAAACAGUCACAUGAAGACUAGAACAUCUGUCAGAAAAAGCUUCAGUGAAGAUGUGUUCCAGUCUGUCAAGUCGUUACUCCAUAGUGAGAAGGAGCUGUGCAGUGUAUCAGCAGAAGACUGUUUAAAGCAGGACGAACGUGCCAAUUUAACUGAGGUCACCUUUCUGGGUUUUAAUGAAGAGACAGAUGCUGCUCAUAUACAGGAUUUAGCUGCAGUUUCUUUGGAACUUCCAGAUCUUCUGAAUUCACUCCACUUCUGCAGUCUAAAUGAAAAUGAAAUUAUUUGUAUGAAGGAUAUAAAUAAAUCAUCAGAUAUAAGCAAUGGUUCUCAAAAUCAGCGUCAUCAUUCUGAAAUGCUUUGUGUCAUGAGAGUGUCACCUACGUUACCAAGACUCAGAAUUGAUUUUGUCUUUAGUCUCCUAAGUAAAUAUGCUACUGGUAUGAGAUACACCCUGGACACAUACUCGCAUCAGAAGUGCCAAUUUGAGGCCGCUAAUGAAGAUGAUGAUGAUACUAACCAGUCAGUGUCUUCUAUAGAGGAUGACUUUGUAACUGCUUUUGAGCACUUAGAGGAAGAAGAGACUUCAAAGCCAUAUAAGGAUGGAACAAACAUUACUGUACUUAGAAGCCAAUGUGAUGCUGCUGCUCAGACUGUUCCUGGUUCCCAUUUAGAAAGUGAUGAUUUAAGGAUUCUGAUUAGCUCUGGACGGCAGAAGUCAUUAGCCAAACCCUCAACUUCCUUAACAAACGUGCAGGGAUAUAAAGAACAACUUUCUGUGAAAACUUCAGUCACAACAUCAAUUUCAGAGCCUUGGAUCCAAAGGAGUUUCUAUAGGUCAUCUGAUGCUUCAGAUAAAGGUAGUAAUAUACAGAAAGCAUUUUUUUCUUCUUCUCCUGCCUACUCAUCUGAAUCAGAAUGCUCAAGUCCAAGUCCUGUUAUUUUCUUGGAUGAAGAGGGGUAUCAAAAAAGUUUAAAAGCAAAACUUGAGCUGCCUAAAAUUCCUGUGAUGAAAGAUGAUAUAGAGGAUUCAGACUCAGAAAUAAGUGAAUUUUUUGAUAGUUUUGAUCAGUUUGAUGAACUAGAACAAACUCUAGAGACUUCUUGUCCAUUUAUAAAAGAUCCUAUCAUAGGGAAGUCAUCACAAAAGAAAGGACAUGAACGGGGAAAAUCUUGUAUGAAUCCUCAGAAAUUCAAGUUUGAUCGUCCAGCUCUCCCUGCUAAUGUUAGAAAGCCAACUCCUCGUAAACCAGAAUCCCCAUAUGGUAACCUGUGUGAUGCUCCGGAUUCUCCUCGGCCAGUGAAGGCAACAGGGGAAGAUAGUGGUUUGUUUAGUCCUAUUCGAUCCUCUGCAUUUAGUCCUCUCGGUGGCUGUACUCCAGCUGAAUGUUUCUGCCAAGCAGAUAAUGGUAGAGAUAGGAUCCAUGAAAAUCAUGAUUCUAUUUAUUACACCUAUGAAGAUUAUGCAAAUAAUGUUUCAUGUGAAGUACUAGGCUCUCUUCUUCAUACCCAGCAUACCAAUGAUACUAAUGCCAUAUCAAGCAUUAGUAGUUUAAAAAGUGGAGAAAAUAAAACUGUAGCUCUUAAGCAUGGAAACCUUGAUCAAAAAAGUAAAUCUAAAAAUAAAUCCUUAAUGAUUAAAGGUAGCAUUCAGAAAUUUGCAGUGGAUCUUGUGGAAAAAAGUUUUGGCAGUGCAUUUAAAGACUUACAGAAAGGAGUCUCUUCUUGUACCAAUGCAUUGUGCCACUUCGCCAUCAGAUUGACAUCAUCUGUUUUUCAGAUGGCAUUUAAUGAACUGAGGAGGCAACGUGCCUUUUCCCUGAAAGAACGUGCCAUUAGUGGCCUGGCUAAUUUUUUGGUGAGUGAAGCUUUAUCAAAUGCCUUCAAAGAUUUACAGUAUGUAAAGAAGCAGAUUUUUACAAACACAGUUGCUAGGUUUGCUGCAGAUCUUGCUGAAGAGCUUGUUUUCGAAGGCAUCAUGGAGGUGUGUCAGUUUUCAUAUCUUUCCACACCUGCAUCUCCACAGUGUGGGUGGUUCGACUUUGAAGACAAAGUAGUGAAGUCAUAUGCAAAAGAUUUGUCUGAAUCUGUAAUACAGGAAGCAUUCAUUGAGCUAUCACAAGUUGAUGUGACCUUCACAACAAAGGCAGCAGUUAGUGUUUCUACAGAUAACAUCAAGCAUGUGAGUGUAGAAAGUGUAGUGCCAUCAGAACAGACCUUCACGUUCUCCCCUUCUUUUCAAAAUCAAGCAACUAUGGUGACAAAACCAGUGCAGGAGUAUAAAAAGGAAUACACAGUGCAGCAGGCUUUGCUUUGUACUUCUGGAAUUGUCACUUCUAUACCAGUGCCCUUGGCAGGAAGUGCCCUUCUCCCUUAUAUUUCCUCUGAUAUGUAUCAGGCAAAGUCUCCUCUGUCAUCUGAUUCAAACGGUGAUUCUACCCAGGUAUAUGUUACCACAAAAAACAGCAAAGGGGAAGUAGCAUGUCUCAGAAAUAUUUGCUUACCUUCAGAGCACAAUCCAGAUAACCAGAAUGAUUUUAAACCAAUUAGUGAUGAUGUCGAAAAGCAGAGUUCUUCAGAAUUAACAAGUGAUCCUGUCAUUAUUAGCAAUUUUUCUGCAGCGAUCGUGCAUAUGAUAGUAAAUGAAACUUUAGAGUCAAUGACGUCAUCCGAAGUUACAAAAACAGCUGAUGAACACACAGAUUAUUUAACUAAAUCAAUUAAAGGAAAAACCCCUUUUUCCCACUCUGAUCAAGAAGCACUACAAAAGAGUGAAGCAAGCAAUAAAGACAUGUUUGCUCACCGAUUAUCUAAAUCUAUUAUUAAACAUUCCCUAGAUAAAAGCAAGUCAGUGAUCCCAAAUAUAGAUAAAAGUGCAGCAGAUAAGGAAAGCUUGCCUGUUCUUGGAGAAGAAUCACAGUUGGCACUGGGAAAGUACCCCAAAUUUCUUGACUCUCCAGAUCACAGAACUCAGAGUUCACUUUCAUUUGGAAAGGACUGUGUUCCAGAAUGCAAAGGUUCUAUGGUUCGUGGGUUUUCUGUAGAGACAGUACUACCUUGUCCAACUAUUGUGGGUCAGAAACCUGAUUUGAAGGAACUUGGUAAGGAUAAACCAGUGACAAAGCAUAAUUUGAAAAAUGCCAUGCUUGAGCCCUUUUCUUUUGGACCGGAAAGCACUUUUCCUCAUUCACAUCCGUUCUCAGCAGCAGUGCUUACUUGUGUAGAUGGUUUGCAUGUGGAAGAUAAACAGAAGAUCGCAGACAGGAAUGUCAUACCUGAUACUCCCCCAUCAACUCCUCUAAUACCAUCCCAGGCUAGUUCUGAAUGGGAUAUCAAGAAGUUAACCAAACAGCUCAAGGGGGAAUUAGCCAAAGAAUUUGCUCCUGCUACACCACCCUCUACACCUCACAACUCGUCUGUUGGUAGUUUGUCAGAGAAUGAACAAAAUGCUAUCGAAAAAGAAGAGUUCAUGCUGAGACUCAUGCGAUCUCUGUCAGAAGAAGUUGAAAGUAGUGAAGGUGAAGAGCAUCCAGAAGUAGAUGUGAAGUCAGAGCAGUCAGGGAAGAAAGUUCAGUUUGCAGAAGCAUUAGCUACGCACAUCAUUUCUCAUGCAACUGAAAUGGCAGCCUCCCAUUUAGGUCAUAAAAUAAUUCAAGAACCCAAAGUUAACAGCCCUUGCUUAAAUGUACAAAGUCAAAGAAAUAUGUCACCUAUUUUUUUAAGUCACUCAGGUGAAAAUUUACAAACAUUAUGUAAUUUUGCAGGUGAUAUGGCAGCAGAAGUCAUUACGGAAGCUGAGAAAAUAGCAAAAGUUAGAAGUAUACUUUUUGGCCCAAAGAACAGUUGUUAUGUUGAUGGUGACCAAGAUUCUAGAUCAGAAAAGAAUUUGGAUAUCGAGGCCUUAGCACAUCCAAGAGAGGUAGAUCCAUAUGUUCUUUCAUUAUCACCAACUUCUUGUAUGUCAGGUCUGACAUAUAAGUAUCCCAGCUGUGAAAGUGUGACAGAUGAGUACGCAGGCCACAUUAUCCAAAUACUAAAACAGGAAGGUGGUGAUAGUGAGUUAAUAAUGGAUCAGUAUGCCAACAGACUUGCCUACCGAUCAGUUAAAUCAGGAUUACAAGAAGCAGCUAAGAUGACCAAAGUGAAUUGUGACUCAACAGUAUUCCCUGUGCAAAGCUCUCUGGUGAAAACGAGUCAGGAACUAUUCAUGUUCUCAAGUAAAGAACACCAACUAGAUAAAAAAAGGCCAAGUAAAGGAAAUGGAGGUAACUUUUGUAAAAAUCAAACAUGUGAAAGGACCCAGGAUACAUACAGAAAUGAAUGCUGUGAACUGAGUAAUUUCUCAACUUCUCUUGCUUGCAGCAUAACGAGAGAUGCUAAAAAAGAGCUUAUAGCAUCUGUAGUUGGCUUGCCAAAAUCUUUAACAGAUUCCUGCUUGUAUGAAAAAUCAGUUUGUGAUGGAGCUAUAGACUGUCACAUUGAACCAGAAUUUCCUAAGUCUCUUCAGCCUUCCUUGCAAAAUCACAGGUUUUACCAUAGUACAGGUAGCUUAGAUGGAGAGAAUGUUGCUCAGGCUAUAGAAGAAUAUGCUAAAAAAGUAGUGGAUGACACUUUAGAGCUGACUUUAGGAUCUGCAGUUCUCCAGGUGUCUGAGACUGCAAAGUCAGCAGAUAGGAUCACUUAUGCAGAAAAGUUAUCACCUCUCAUAAGUCAAACUUGCAGAUACUGUGACCUUAAAGAACUCCAUGAUUGCACCGGAAAUUCAUCUCAGCAUUUUUUCAGACAGCCUUCACUCACUUGUAGUAAGCCAACUUCUAAUUUAAAAUUUAGCAAGACCUGUCAGAAAUCUAUGAUUUUUCAUCUUGAUGUCCCUCAAAUUCAUGUUAAUCUUGAUAAGAAGACAGUGCUUGCUGAGAAGAUAGUUGCUGAAGCUAUUGAAAAAGCAGAGAGAGAGCUGAGCAAUGCCAGCUUGGCAGCUGACAGUGGCAUUGGACAAGAUGGUGCCAGUUUUGCUGACAGCCUUGCCACAGAAAUUAUGACAUCAGCCGUGACAAACAUUGGACAUGUUGUUAGCAGUUCAAAAGAAAUAGAAGACUUGCAGUCAACUGAGUCUUUUUGUAGCCAGCAGAUGAAUCUCAGCAUUGGUGAUGACAGCACUGGUAGCUGGUCCAAUUUAAGUUUUGAGGAAGAACACCAAGAUGAAAGCAGUAGUUUUCAUCACCUAAGUGAAAGUAAUGGUAACAGCAGUAGCUGGAGCAGUCUUGGUUUAGAAGGAGAUUUGUAUGAGGACAAUUUAUCCUUUCCAACAUCAGACAGUGAUGGACCAGAUGAUGAUAAAGAUGAAGAGCAUGAGGACAUUGUAGAAGGUUUGAAGCAAGAUGGAAAGACUCUGCUGGUUACAAAUAUUGACCUGGAGCCAUGCAUAAUAGAUCCCCAGCUAAGAAUCAUUCUUCAGUGGCUUGUUGCCUCUGAGGCUGAAGUUGCAGAACUUUAUUUUCAUGAUUCUGCAAAGGAGGAGUUUAUACUACUUUCGAAAAGAUUACAGGAAAAAGGGUGGAAAGUGGGAGACCUCCUGCAGGCUGUGCUUCAGUACUACGAAGUAAUGGAAAAAACUUCCAGUGAGGAGAGAUGCAAGUCACUGUUUGAUUGGCUCUUGGAAAAUGCAUAGAGAGGAAGAAACAGAUAAAAGAUGCUUAGGAUACAAGUUGCAUAGUGAUUACUAACAUUUAAAGUGAAUUGGAAGGAAAGUAAAUAGAGCUUUUUAAGCACUUUGUGUCAUCACACAGUGUAUAUAGUUCAUACUUUUGUAAUCUCUGUCCAAAUAUCAUCCUCAUGUAUUCUACACAAUGUAGAAUGUGUGUAAUGCGGUAAGGCCCUAAGAACAAGCGUUUGAAGGAAGGACUACCCAGGAGUUGUCAGGGGCAUUACCUGACAGCAUUCUUUUUGCGUCCAAAUUGUGCUGCUAGAAGUGGCACUGAAGUGGCUGAGGAUAGGUUCCAGUCUUACAGUUAUACUUUGGCUACUUUGUAAACAAAUGACAUUUCAUUAAUAACUAGUCUGAUAUUAAAAAAUAAAAUUGAGGCUAAUUUUACUUCUGAUAGAUUUUUUUGUCCUAUUUUUAAAAAUUAGUUUUAUUUUCAUAGUAUUUAGCUAUUAGCAGCUUUUUGAUGUCCCCAAACUAUUUAAUUUCGUAGCAGAAACAUUAGUAUUUUUGGUUUCUGUGAACACUGUGAUAGUUGCCCCAUCUUGUCAUCCAUAUUUGCCAACGCUGACUGCCACUGCAGUUAUUCUGGCAUGAAAGUGCUGAGGUAUGUGUGUUUGUCUCUGGAUGUGUGUGUGUAAAGGAGUACUUCUACCUGUUCCCUCUUUUAUUUUGCUGGGUUUUUUGUUCAAAACCCCUGUUAACAUUUAAAAAGGUGCUUUAAAAUAAAAUGUCUAUAAUGACUGUGCAGAAGAAUUUUUAUUUGUCUUUUUGGCUAUUUUGGGUUUCCCAACUUAUCCUGUAAGUGAAAUUCAAAUUGGAAAAUGUUUUGAAAUUGUAAAUAUUAUUGUUAAUAUGCAUUUGGAGAAGCCCAAAUUGUUGCAUUUUUGAAGAAGCCCAAUUUCAUUGUUGCAUUUUUGAAAAAAAAAAAAUCUCCUUUACUAAGGAUAAGUUUUUGUUUUUAGAAAAAUGAGAUUUCCCCCCCACCCCCUUAUAAAAUGUAUCUGCCCUAUUUUGUAAAGUUUUCUGCCAUAACCUUCCUGGGCUCUGUAUUUCCUACUACUAGUCUUUAGAAACUGCAGUGUUGAUGUGAAUAAUGGACCGAGCGUGUAUCUUGGUUUUGUAUGUGUGGGCUAUGUGUACAUUUUGGAUUCUUCCACUGGUGGGUUUUGUAUUCUAGGGUAAAUCACCUUUUGUGUGGGGCUUUGGUUUUGUCCUUCAUGUUUUCUUUUUUAUGAGCACUGGCUGUUUGUUGAGAGCUGCACAGAAUAUAGAAGACACACAGCACCUUCCAGGGACUGGGAUGAGGGCACUGAACAUGAAUGUGAACUAGUAAUUAUGGCAGAGAAACGUGUUUUAUAGUGAGAGAAUCAAAUCUGCUUUUUAAGAAAAAUGCCAAAAGCUAUUUAAAUAGUUUGAGGUUGCAUGAUAGGCUAUGGUUUUUCUCAAUUUAAGAUACAGAAAUAGAGCAAGCCUUAAACGUAAGUUUUCCUAAAAUUUCUUCAAGUAUUUUUUAAGGCAGAGAAAUAUAGGAAAUUUAUAAUGAGAAUUGUUUCUUUCUUUAGCUUUUCAGAACUUGAGGUGUGGCAGCACUGACCUGAGUUUCUAAAUAGCAGGACCAGGAAUGUUUGCUCUUUGAUUAAUUGAUCAUUAAGUUUAGGUUGCAUUUUCACAAGUGUUUCACUAUCAAAUUAUGUUUAGUAACUUGGGUAUAUGUGCAGCUUUGAUCAACAGCAAAAUUGAGUUCUGAAUUUAUAUUUUUAUUAUUUUUUUCUCAGAAUGUGACCUAGUUUGGAAUUUCUUUUAAACUAAAGUGACAGUACAUUAGUUUUGUAAAACUUUCUGUGUUUGAAAUGUUUAUGUUUAUUUCUGUUAGUAGUACAGUCAUUUUGAGGUGAGGUCUUCCUCAUAUUCUUAUAUUCUCCUUUGCAUUUUGCUGGAGCUGUGCUGGGUUCAGGGUUUCCCAAUUUAGCUACUACAUAAUGACAGACCAGUCAUUAGGUGUUAGCAUGUAUGGUAGUAAUAACAAUGGAAGUCCACACUUUGCAUUCAUUCACUGCAGGGGCAUAGAGGAAAAUACUAAGUAUUAGAAGAUAUGAAAAGAAGUGUGAGUUAAGCUUUAUCAUAGAGAAAACAUUUGAGUUUAGAGCAGUAUCUUUUAAUCCAAUGUAGUCUAAACUUUCUUUAAAGGCACUUUGUGAUUUUUCCAAAGAUGUUAUAGAUCUGUUGUUGUUCCAUCUUUAGGACAGCUUGAGGACAACUCUGUCAUAUUUUAUUACAAAUCUGCUUGGCAUAUUUAUAUUGUAACAUUGUAAUGUUGCCAUUCUGCACAUUUGGCCCUUAUUAAAGAUGUCUUUUUCAGAUCUGUUAAAGCUGUGAUGUGCAUUGGGCUGAAUUCUCUGUUUAUCAGUUUCAAAAGCUUCAAGUGAUAUGUGGAAAGAAAGUGAAAGAGACCUCUGGUAGGGAAUUUUCAGAAUCUUAUUUCAGACUGAAAUGUGGCAAUUCUUUCAUGUUCUUCUCCUAAGCCAGGUUUAAAUUACAUUUAUAUUUUUGGUGUUAAUAUUGAUUUUGAAAAUAUUUCUUGAUUUAUACAGAAAGAGUGAUUAUUUAUAAAUCACAGGAGAAAAUGACAUUAUAAAACCUUUAAAAAUAUUCAUUCAGUGAAUAUAUAUGAUAACAUUUUUAUAUUUUGGAAGAUACUCCCUUACCCUUUCAGAUAUUUAAUGUGAAUUAAUUCAAUUCAUAAUACUUUAAUUUUGCCUAAACAAGGGUUUUAUGUUGCUCGAAGGAGAAUUACUUAUUAAAUGCACUGUGUACAAAGUGAAAGAUAGUUUAUGCAGGACUUCGACGUUAGUGCCCGUUCCCUCAGUGCAGUUUAAUCUUGAUUCAUUAUCAGAGUCUGGAUUUAAAUGUCUAUUUAGUUAAUUAUUUAGCUAAUAUUCUUUCACAAUUAAUAUAUUUAAUUUUCCAUCAGUAUAUCACUUUAAAUUUUAUGUUUUUCAGAGGAAAUUUUCCAUAGAAUAAUUAAAAAAAAAAAAAAAAGACACAUCCAUCCUCAGGUUUAGGGAGAAUACCUUCCAUUUAAACCCCAUCUACCUGUCACCAGCACAAGAGAAUAAGAGGUUCAGUGGGAAUUAGGAAAAUUGUAGUAAAAUGAAAAGCAUUUUUUCUCACUUUCAGCAAAAAUUCUGUAAGCAUUUACUCAUUUACUGUAUUCCUGCUCUGAGGGUGCAGAUACAGUGCUAGUCAAUCUUGUCACUUUAUUUUAUUUAUUUAUUUUUACCAUCUAUGUACAUUCCUUUCUUAGGGUAGGGUUGUAGUUUUAGAGAUUCUUAUUUCAUUUUUGUUGUGAUGUUCCAAUAGUAUUUAAUAUCAGGUUUUAAUAUUGCCAGAUUUGCUAUCUUUGGUUACUUGUGCAGUGUUAUAAGUAAUCCACAUUCUUGUUUAAUAUACCAGAUAUAUAGCAAAAGCAGCUUUGAAUAAUUAUAGCUGUUUAUUUGGCUGUGCUCAAUUACUACAUUAGGAUAUUUUGUACCGUGUAACAGUAACUUUUUUUUGCUCUUCAGUAACUUAAUAUGUUCACUUACCAAAAUAUGAACUUCAGGAUGCACUAAACUUUUGAUUUAGCAGUGGCUCAAAAAAAAUUCAGAAGUUUCUUUUGUAAUUUGCAAUUAAUUGUUCUUUUAUCUUACAAUUGUUCAAGCCUGUGAUCUUUAUUCUCCCAACUAAGAGUUCUUCAAUAAAUUUAAGAAAUGCCUG